GAGGCUUACUAAAUCACGAAUUCCUUCUCAUACAAUUUGAUGACCCUUCUCGUUAAAAAACAAGCCAGAGAAAGGGAUAGGGAAGUUGUAGAAAGAAGCUCGAAUUCCUUGGAGGCAUCAGGCAUGGCUGAUAAACUGGCCCCUGAGAAACGUCACAGCUUCACCCACAACGAUCAGAAGGUCUUCGAAUGGGACCAAACGCUUGAAGAGUUGAACAUUUACAUCAAUCUCCCGGAAAAUGUUCCUAAGAAGCUAUUCUAUUGCACCAUAAAGUCCAAACAUUUGGAAGUUGGGAUUAAAGGCAACCCUCCUUACCUUAGCCAUGAUCUUUCCAAUCAUGUAAAGACCGAUUGUUCAUUCUGGACUUUAGAGGAUGAUAUAAUGCAUGUAACCCUUCAGAAGAGGGAUAAAGGACAGACAUGGCCUUCUCCUAUCAUGGGUCAAGGUCAGUUGGAUCCCUAUGCCACAGAUAUCGAACAGAAGCGCCUCAUGCUUCAAAGAUUCCAAGAAGAGAAUCCCGGGUUUGAUUUUUCACAAGCUCAGUUCAGUGGCAAUUGCCCCGAUCCCAAGACCUUCAUGGGCGGGAUCCGAUCGACUUAAUCUUGGUAUAUGAUUACUUGAUGAUUCAAUUUCAUUUUGACCAAGAUUGCCCCAUUAUCCCAUAAAUCAUGGUUUACUACUUGUUGUCAAGCCAAAACUUGAUUUUCCGUUGUAUGUCACCAUGACUUUUGAAAUGGAAUUGAUUGAACCAAACCUAAUUCAUGUUAUUAACUUAAAUAUGUCUUGUGAUGGGUAAAUUUAGUAAAUUGUAGGCACUUGUGAC